UAAGUAUAAAUAUAAUUGUAUUCAACAUUCUCGCUUGUAGAGACUCAUGCAUCUUUUUAGGGCGACUUAUUUCCCAGUUUGAUGUAUUAGGCAACCCUUCUGGGGGGUGGGACAGAAUGGCGGAGUGAGUGGUACCAUUAAAAUAAAAUGUUAUUUGUUACAUGCACCGAAUACAACAGGUGUAGACCUUGCAGUGAAAGGCUUACUUACAAGCCCUUUACCAACAAUGCAGUUUUAAGAAAAAUACACAACAACAAAAAGUUACAAAUAAUUACAGAGCGGCAGUAAAAUAACAAUAGCGAGGCUAUAUACAGGGGGCACCGGUUAGUCGAGGUAAUAUAUACAUGUAGGUAGGGUUAUUAAAGGAACUUAUGCAUAGAUAAUAAUAGAGUAGCAGCAGUGUAAAAGGGGGGAGGGGGAAAAUGCAAAUAGCCGGGGUAGCCAUUUGAUUAGAUGUUCAGUAGUCUUAUGGCUUGGGGGUAGAAGCUGUUUAGAAGCCUCUUGGACCUAGACUUGGCGCUCCGGUACCGCUUGCCGUGCGGUAGCAGAGAGAACAGUCUAUGACUAGGGUGGCUGGAGUCUUUGACAAUUUUUAGGUCCUUCCUCUGACACUGCCUGAUAUAUAGGUCCUGGAUGGCAGGAAGCUUGGCCCCAGUGAUGUACUGGGCUGUACGCACUUCCCUCUGUAGCGCCUUGCGGUCAGAGGCCGAGCAGUUGCCAUACCAGACAGUGAUGCAGCCAGUCAGGAUGCUCUCGAUGGUGCAGCUGUAGAACCGUUUGAGGAUCUGAGGACCCUUGCCAAAUCUUUUCAGUCUCCUGAGGGGGAAUAGGUUUUGUCGUGCCCUUUUCACGACUGUCUUGGUGUGCUUGGACCAUGUAAGUUUGUUGGUGAUGUGGACACCAAAGAACUUGAAGCUCUCAACCUGCACCACUACAGCCCCGUCGAUGAGAAUGGGGGCGUGCUCAGUCCUUUCCCGUAGUCCACCCUUACCACCUGGGGUGGCCCAGGAUCCAGUUGCAGAGGGAGGUGUUUAGUCCCAGGGUUCUUAGCUUAGUUAUGAGCUUUGAGGGCACUAUGGUGUUGAACGCUGAGCUGUAGUCAAUUAAUAACAUUCUCACAUAGGUGUUCCUUUUGCCCAGGUGUGAAAGGGCAGUGUGGAGUGCAAUAGAGAUUGCGUUAUCUGUGGAUCUGUUGGGCAGACUGUUCCAAGUAUGCUAAGUGGAAUGUAACACAGCUUGCUGCUCUGCUUGCUCUGAACUCCAUUUUCCUCUUGAUUCUGAUCGUCGGCGGUUGGUUUUCCUUUGUAUCUAGGAUCGUCAGCCUACUGACUAAGCCAUGACCCAAACCAGCAUGUCCCGUGAGGAGGCCUACACUGCCCUGAUGAGGGGGGUCAAGGAGCUGGACCUCAGCGGGCCAAACAUACCCAGCAACUUAGUACUGAUCGGCGACCAAGCCUUCCCGCUGGCCAUGAACGCCUGUGGCCAGGUCCUGAUGGCUGCCUCAUUCUACGGCCAAGGCCGGGUGGUGGUGCUGGGCCACGAGGGCUACCUCACCGCCUUUCCUACCCUAGUGGAGAAUGCCCUAACCUGGCUGACAGGCUCCUCCUGUGACAGCACUACUGUGGGCGUCCACCAGAGCUGUAAGGCCGUAGCCGACAACCUCAGCCACUCCAGCCUCCAACCCAAGGUGGGGGGCUUCUGCGAGGGCCUGGGAGUGUAUGUGACAGAUGCGUACUGCGUGGGCCCAGAGGUGAAGGAGCUGGUGGGGUUCCUGAAGGUGGGGGGCGGGCUGCUGAUUGCUGGUCAGGCGUGUAGCUGGGCGGAGGAACACCCCAAACAGAACACCCUGCUGGGUUUCCCUGGGAACAAGGUUUCCAGCGUGGCUGGCAUCUACUUCUCGGAGCACCUUGGGGAGCUGGGUACUCUCCCUGUGCCUCCACAGAUCCCUUCCAACUGGCUGGCUGUGGCGAUAGGCAAGGACUUCAAGGAUGACCUGGAGUUCCUGCUGGAGGGCGUGACUGAGUUUGAUAUCCAGGGCGAGUCUAUUUUCUCAGAGGUGCUGGUACACGGCCCUCUCGCAUUCCCCAUCGGCACCACAAAGGACUGCAGGUCCUUUCUGGCCGGGGCAUACUACGGCCAGGGCCGAGUCAUCUUGAUCUCCCACGAGGGAUUCUUGGGCCGAGAGCAGAUGUCCCCCUUCAUGCUCAAUGCCGUGCGCUGGUUAGACGAGGGCCGUAACGGCUUGGUAGGCGUCCUGCCCCAGCUCGGCGCUGCCCACACCCUGCUGAGCAAGUCGGGCAUGCGCUGUGAGAAGAGCGGCUUCAGGAAGGAGCUUAGCGUCUACGUCUGCACCUCCUACAGCGACGCCCAGGCCGAUGAAAUCCAGGACUUUGUGGCCGAGGGCGGGGGUCUGCUGAUCGGGGGUCACGCCUGGUACUGGGCCCAGACAAAUCCGGGCCACAACACCAUGACAGAGUACCCAGGCAACCACAUCCUCAACAAGAUGGGCCUCAGCCUGAUGGAGAACACUCUGGACGCAGGCUGCUACAAGGCCCCAGUCCCGGGUCAGACCUGCUCUGAGGGCUUCCACUUCCGCCAUCUGCUGCGCCGCUUUGCCGGCCACGUGACCCAGGGCGAGACGCUGACGGAGCAUGAGGAGGCGGGUCUGAAGAAGCUUGGCAGCGACUGCGCCAAUUACCUGCACAUGCGGGCGCACGACUGUGCCUCGUACACCUCGGUGCUGGCCAUGCUCACUGACGUGCUGAAGGAGACGGGCAUCCCCCAGGUGUGCCACAGCUGCCCAGUGAUAAGCGGCAAGGACCACCUGCUGCUCAAUGUUGGCGCGCAGGUGUACAAGGUGUGCCAGGACCCAGAUGCCCUACUGCCUUACCUGAUCAAGGACCAGCCCAUGAUGCCUGCCUUGUCCAAUGCCAGGGUUAGGAUCAACUGUAAUACAGCAGGUCAGUUAGCUCUCAUUUGCACUCUAAAAUAGUGGAUCAUGGUUAAG